AUUUAUUUAUUUUGCAUAAUUUCUCGUAAAUGCUUCACUAUUACAGAGGAGGGCAGCAGAGAGAGAAAGUAAGGACAUCCUUAAAUAAUUUUCAUUUCUCAAAAUCUGCCUUUUCCUCUUCUCUCUAAGUCCAGAGGAGAGAUCCUUGGGGGGUGGGAGGCACAUCUGCAUUGCAAAUAAAAAUAAUAAUUACAACCACCAACCAACCAACAACAAAAAAAGUAACAGCUAAGAAAAAACACUUGAAAUCACGGACUUUGGGAAUCAGAGAUCACAGAAAUUGCACUAUUUAUAAGGAGAGGAAAAAAAAAGGCAAGAAAUCCAGCGACCAUGGGCCAGCCUGGCUUCCUAGAGUGUACUUUGUGUUCUCUCUCCUUUUUCCAAGGUAAUUGCAGUCUGCCGAGAGGGAGUUAAAUGGGAUUAAAAGAUCUGUGUAAGCAAAAGGACCCAGAAGAGAAGGAGGAAGGAGUGAGCCGUCCGGGCCAGGGGUGUCUGUGACACAGCUGAACCCCUUAGCGAGGCAGAGCCGAGCUCCUGGGAAGGAUGUACCCACAAACCGCCUUAUCCCCCGAUUUCUGAUGGAUUGCCGCAAAAAUUGCCCGACAGAGACAAUGCACUAAACGUGAUGGAGCCGGAAUCAGAGCCGGUCUCCAGACUCAGAGCUACAGCGGCAGGCAGGGGGGGAUUCUGCUUUCUCUGGACUAUAUUGUGUUUUACCUGGUUCCUGGGAUUCACACAGGGAAAUUCUGAAGAUGUGGAUGUUCUUCAGAGACUGGGCCUGUCAGGGAAAAGGCCAUCGAGUGGAUGGUCCUCCUCACGUGCAGUUCCUCAAGGAGUCAUUCCUUUCAAAUCAGGGGUCAUCUUCACUCAGCGAGCCCGUGUCGAAGCGCCGCUCAGCACCCUCCUUCCCGCAGGCUCCACCUCUGACCUGCUGCUGGUGCUGAGCCUCUGCUCCCACCGCAUCAACAACGCUUUUCUCUUUGCUGUCAGGAGCAAAAAGAAAAAACUGCAGCUGGGGGUCCAGUUUGUGCCUGGGAAGAUCAUCGUGUAUGUGGGCCACAAGCGCUCUGUAUAUUUUGAUUACAAUGUCCACGAUGGCCAGUGGCACAAUAUGGCCAUCAACAUUCGUGGCCAGACAGUCACUUUAUUUACUUCUUGUGGGAAGCGCAGAGUACAUGCGGAUUUGCAUUUUAAAAAGGACGAGGCGUUGGAUCCACACGGAUCUUUCCUCUUUGGGAAGAUAAGCCAGCACUCCGUGCAGUUCGAAGGAGCCAUCUGCCAGUUUGAUAUUUAUCCUUCCGCCAAGGCAGCUCAUCAUUACUGUAAAUACCUGAAAAAACAGUGCAGGCAGGCAGAUACCUACCGGCCAAACUUGCCCCCACUCAUCCCCCUCCUGCCCAGGGACCCCAGUGCCUCCCCCAGCACCCCACAGCAUACAGAGCCCUCGCUGCAGGGUCUGAAAAACCUGACCACUGCUGCCCCAAACGUGGAGUUUGGCAGGGUCACUGCACCCCUCAAGACGAGGGGUUCAGGUGCAACAACCAUCACGUUGCUAUCAACCCCACCAUCACGGCCGAGACUGACUACCAAGGCCACCAAGGUGACAGUGGCCCCGCCUGUUCCGUCGAGUACCAAAUCACAGGUACCCACCCUGUGCCCUCUCCCUCGGGGCACAGGGACAGCCCUCAGGGCGGCUCAGCCCACUCCCAGCACACACAGGGAGAAAACUCCCCUUCCCACUGCCAGAAGGGCCCCACCAACGAGCCAGAGCCUGGUCACGGCCAGCAGGAAGGAGUCCAAGCAUGAGACCAAAAAGAAGAUCAACCAAAAACCAACCGUGGAGCCCCCUGAAGUGCCCAGCACUGUAAAGCCAACGAGGAGGGUGACUGAUAACACAACGAGCAAUGUCCACCUUGUUACCCUAAAGCAAAACCCAAGCCGUGGGCCCAUCCCAAAGAAGCACGUGCCGUCCCCCACCAGGAGAGUGGAUCCCAGUAGCAUCCCUCUGGUGUACACCAAGCCACCCCUGGGGUCUGCCCGGCCUGCCUCCAGAGCCAGGGCACAGGCCUUCAACCUCACAACCCCGGCUGCCACCGAUGGCUAUCAAAUCUUUGACCCCUUGGGACCCACUCCGUUUCCAUUUGUACUGGGAUAUCCAGGAGUGAAAGGAGAGAGAGGACCCCAGGGCCCACCAGGUCUGCCAGGCUUACCAGGACCCCCUGGCAAGAGAGGUUCUCGAGGUCCUCCAGGUCCCCAUGGAAACCCUGGCUCACCUGGCCCCCCAGGACUGAAAGGUCAGAAAGGUGAUCCUGGGCUGUCACCGGGAAAAGCUCGCAAUGGGCAGAAGGGAGACGUGGGCUUACCUGGUUUAACUGGGUUCCCUGGACCACCUGGUAGAAAGGGGUAUAAAGGCUACCCUGGACCACUGGGUCACCCUGGAGACCAGGGCGAGCGAGGACCAGCUGGAAGUCCAGGUGCCAAAGGUUAUCCUGGCAGGCAGGGUUUACCUGGCCCCAUAGGGGAAUCUGGCCCAAAAGGAACUCGGGGGUAUAUUGGUCUCCCAGGACUAUUUGGGCUACCAGGGGCUGAUGGAGAACGAGGGAUCCCUGGAGUUCCUGGGAAGAGGGGCAAGAUGGGUAGGCCGGGUUUUCCUGGUAAUUUUGGAGAGCGAGGACCUCCAGGCAUCGAUGGGAACCCUGGAGAAUUGGGAGCCCCAGGUCCUCCUGGAGUCCUUGGACUCAUUGGUGACAUGGGCCCUGUUGGACCAAUUGGCUACCCAGGACCAAAAGGAUUAAAGGGGCUGAUGGGAAACCCUGGAGAACAUGGACUGAAAGGUGAUAAGGGUGAUCAGGGAAGAGCAGGUGUUCCAGGAGAUAUUGGCUUCCAAGGAGACAAGGGCAGCCAGGGCUUGCCUGGGGUCCCUGGGGCACGAGGGAAAGCAGGGCCCCUGGGAAAAGUCGGUGACAAGGGACCAGUUGGGUUUCCAGGACCACCUGGCCCUGAGGGCUUCCCAGGUGACAUUGGCCCACCAGGAGAAAACGGUCCCGAAGGUCUGAAGGGAAAGCCAGGAGCACGAGGUUUACCUGGGCCAAGAGGACUGCCUGGACAAGAGGGAGAUGAAGGACCCUUAGGACCACCAGGAGUCCCUGGUCCAGAGGGUCGAUCUGGUCGGAAGGGAUUUCCAGGAACACCUGGUCCCAACGGUCCAAAGGGUGAGCCAGGAAACCGUGGCCGACCAGGGAAAGUUGGUGAGCAGGGUCUAAUGGGUUUCAUUGGUCCAGUGGGGGAGCCUGGAAUAGCAGGAGAAAAGGGUGACCGUGGCUCAGUGGGACCCCCAGGCCCUCCAGGAGUCAAGGGGUCGAUGGGGCACCCUGGGAUGCCAGGAGGAGUGGGUUUUCCUGGGAUCCCUGGACCAACAGGUCCGGCAGGAGCCCGUGGUGCGCCAGGGGUCCGAGGGAUGAAAGGCCGCAGGGGUGCCAGAGGGCCUGAUGGACCCGUAGGCGAGCCAGGGUCGCGAGGUGUCAAGGGCCAACCAGGGGAGCCAGGCAGGGUGGGCCCAGAUGGGCUGCAGGGCAAGAUGGGGGAGACUGGGGAGACUGGAGCACGUGGCUUCCCAGGUAUCCAAGGACCUUCUGGACCUCCAGGAGCAAAAGGGGCUCCAGGAGACCCGGGUCCCCAAGGACCACAGGGGCCACCUGGGCCUUUGGGAGAAAUGGGGCAUAAGGGACCGCCAGGCUCAAUGGGACAACCUGGUCUUGCAGGUGAACCUGGCAUGAAGGGUGAUCCUGGCCUGUUAGGAAUCCCUGGAGAGCAAGGUCUCGUUGGCCCAAGGGGAGAACCCGGGCUGGAAGGGGACAGCGGGCAGCUCGGGCCAGAUGGGAUCAAGGGAGACAAAGGAGAGCAAGGCCCAGAAGGAGAGAAAGGAGAAAAAGGCAGUGAAGGACUGAAGGGAAAAGAAGGACCUCCUGGAUAUCCCGGCAUCCCAGGUGUCCGAGGACCAGAAGGGAAACCAGGAAAACAGGGGGAAAAGGGCAAGCCUGGCCAGAAGGGCAGCAAAGGCUACCAGGGGCAGCUCGGCGGGAUGGGAUCCCCAGGGAAGCAGGGGCCGAAGGGGAACCAAGGCCCUAAAGGAUCCCGAGGUACCCUGGGACCGAUGGGAGCUCCAGGAAGGAUGGGUGCUCAAGGUGACCCAGGCUUAAAGGGUUACCAGGGACAUGCAGGACCACCGGGGCCAAUUGGACCACCAGGGCCAAAGGGGGAAAAGGGACAACAAGGUGAUGAUGGGAAGGUAGAAGGCCCACAAGGACCACCUGGAGACAGAGGCCCCAUUGGUGACAGAGGUGACCGAGGGGAGCCUGGAGACACUGGUUAUCCUGGUCAGGAAGGGCUUGAUGGAGAAAGAGGAAAACCUGGGCAGCAAGGCUUACCGGGAGAUCCUGGAUCACCAGGCAAGCCAGGAGCAAAGGGAUCCAAAGGUGAAGUGGGUCAAAAAGGAAAGCAAGGAGCACAGGGCAGUGCAGGGAGCAGAGGCUCACCGGGCAUCCUUGGGCUACCAGGUCCUCGAGGAGUGGUAGGAAGGCAGGGUCAGGAGGGUGCCCCUGGAGUGGACGGAGUGCCCGGGAAGGACGGCGUGCCUGGGACGCUGGGAGAGCAGGGUGACGAUGGGGAAGAAGGUGUGACCGGGAUGUCAGGCAAGAGAGGGAACCCCGGCGUGCCAGGACUCCCAGGGGCCCAGGGACCACCAGGAUUCAAGGGUGAAAGAGGAUUGCCUGGACAGACUGGCCAAACAGGGAAGCGAGGAUCACCGGGAGGAACGGGCCUUCCAGGGAGCCCUGGCGACCCAGGACCCAAAGGACAGCCGGGCGACUUUGGAGAGGCAGGAUUUCCAGGGAUUGCAGGACUGUUUGGGCCAAAGGGCCCCCCAGGAGACCUUGGGUUCAAAGGUAUUCAGGGACCACGUGGACCACCAGGUCUCAUGGGAAAAGAAGGAAUUAUUGGUCCUCUCGGCAUUCAGGGUCCCACAGGAAGCCCUGGGCCCAAGGGUGACAAAGGCAGCCGUGGGGAGAUGCAGCACUUCACCAUGCUGUCCACAGCUGUGGUAUCUCCAGCCCUCACACAGGGUCUUCAAGGUCCAAGGGGUCCUCCAGGCCCUCGAGGACACCCUGGCCCUCCGGGACCGCCAGGAGUUCCAGCCUCAUUUCAGCAAGAUGGCUUUGGGGCAGCUUUCCAGACACUGAUCGACUCCAACACCGCGCUCAAGAGAGAGGGUUACCAACAUCCAGACCUUCUCAUGCUGGACCAUGGAGGGGAGAUCUUUAAGACUCUACACUACCUCAGCAACCUCAUUCAGAGCAUUAAAAGACCCCUGGGAACCAAGGAGAACCCUGCGCGCAUCUGCCGGGACCUGAUGAACUGUGAACAGAAGAUGACCGAUGGUACCUACUGGAUUGACCCAAACCUUGGCUGUUCCUCAGACACCAUAAAGGUCAUCUGUAACUUCACCAACGGUGGCCAGACGUGUCUCAGCCCUGUCACUGUCUCCAAGCUGGAUUUUGACAUCGGGAGGGUCCAGAUGAACUUCCUGCGCCUGCUGAGCUCGGAGGUGGUGCAGCACAUCACCAUCCACUGCCUGAACACCUCUGUGUGGCGCGAAGGCUCCGCUGAGAAACCCUCGGAGAAAGCCGUGCGCUUCAGGGCCUGGAACGGGCAGAUGUUUGAAGCCAGUGGGCAGCUCAGGCCAGAAGUGGCAGCUGAUGAUUGCAAGAUCAAGGAUGGGCGCUGGCGUCGGACCCUCUUUUCCUUUCGGACACAAGACCCUCAGCAGCUGCCAAUUGUCAACAUCUACAACCUGCCCCCGUCCGAGCCAGGACAGCAGUAUCACCUCGAGGUCGGCCCCGUCUGCUUCCUCUGAACCAAGCUAUGGAACGCGGGCUCUGAGGCUCCAAUCCCACCUGUGGCCUGUCCUCACAGGGGCUCUCCCCCCUCUCUGCAGCAAGGACAGCUGGGCUGUAUCUUUUGGGUCAACUCUUGCUCCAGCCUUUGGCUCAAGGUCUCCAAGAACCCAUGAUCUACUGAACUCAGCCAGUUGUUGGAAGGAGGAAGAACAAGGACGUGGGGGAAGCGGGCAUCAGUCAGGACGUGAGCGGUGAAAAGGGAGCAGGGGACUGGGUGUUGUGGUUCCACACACAAAGCCUUUUCCAUGACCAAAGAAAACAUUGACAGAAACCUCAAGCGACUUGCAGCGUGUGGGUUUUUUCGUUCUUUUCCCCACCCCACCCACCCAUUUUUGUCUGGUUCCCGAGUUACCAAACGCUCUUUCCAUUGAAAAAAAAAAAAUAAUUAAAAAAAUAGAGCUUCCCUCUCAGAGCUUGUCACCUUCUGGACAGCCACGUGCUGCAUCAGGUCUCCCAGGCGGAGCUGCAAGUUGAAUCUGGCUGCUCUGUGUACAGGAAGCAUUUUGAUGUGCAAUAUUAGAAGAAACAAAAUAUAUAUAUUAUAUUAUUUAAAGCAGAAAGAAAAAAGAAAAAAAAAAAAAAAAGAAAAAAAAGCCAAGUUCCUCCUUCCAUGAGUUUAAUCAACACUCCCCCUCUCAACGUGUGGUGUUGGAGUAGGGGAGAGUCAUGAAGUAAAGAAGGGGGACUGGAAAGAGGAGAGGGGAAGAGAUUGGUGCUAAAAUAGAGAGAGGGAAUGGGCUCAUCUGAUUUGUUUCUACCUCUCACUGUGAAAUCUCUGGUGCUCUUAAAAAAGUGUGUUAUUUUAUAUAUAUGACUUUAUUUAAGGUUGUGAAGGUGCUACAAUGUCUUGCCACAGACCCAAAAAAACAAAAAGCCCCAUAGAAUAAUCUCUCUGGGAAGAGAGGAGAUUAUGUGCUACAGUUAAAUCAGAGAAACAGCCAUCCUUAAAAGGGAUCCUUCAGUGGCCAUGGGUGUCAAUAACACAACUCACACCACAGCCAGCAUCACUUAUGGGAUAAUUUACAAACAAAUUUGCUUUUUUUCUUUUUUUGUUCAUCAGCACUUCACUACUUUGGGAGGGGAGUGAAGGACACAGCUCAUCCAGAAGUGUUGAGCCUCAGAGAGCUCCUCUGGUGUUGGUUGAGUUGGGCUGUACUGAGUUCCCAUAUGACUCCCUGGACUAAGCUCACAUUUAAACCGAGCUCUGCAACUCUUCCCUCGGCCCCUCUGUCAAGACUGACAUGAUGGUACCUUGUUUCAGAAUCCAGCUGAGCUUGGAAGGGUUUUGUUUUGUUAAGUUUUGUAGAAAUUUAGUCUCUAUAUGUAAAUUUGGAGGAUUUUUUUUUUUUUUAAAGAGGAUAAUUAUGGUAAUCUUUAAUUCUAUAUAAGGAAUAAUAUUGAUGUAAUCAGAGCUGUACUGUAUCAGAAACUCUUCAGUGCCUGUUUGGAGUUUUCAUGUCUCAUAUGGACUAUGGAUUUUAUUUUUUUGAGGGAAAAAAAAAUUAUCUGUGAGUCUCUCUUUGUGUAUUUUUUUUUUUUUUUUGUCACUACUGCCUGCUGGUUGGUUCCCAACCACCAUCAGAAAAGGUUAACAGGAUCUGUCCCUAAUACCUCGCUCUCCACGCAGCCCCUGCCAGAAAUACCUCAUCCCCAGGCCAAAAUCACCACCACCCAUCAUUUGCUGCCUCCCUGCACACCCCCCAUACUCCAGAUCUCUCCAUUUCUCAUCCCAUGCCAUUGAUUUUGUGUUUUCUCAAGGCUGCAGGUACCAUUUGUUCUUCUUAAAGCUUU